AUGUCCACCGAACCUUUCAAAAAUGUCAUUAUGCUUCCUCAAACUAACCAGUUGACUGGUUUAUACACCAUCAUCCGUGACCAAAACACAAAAAGGCCAGACUUUAUCUUCUACGCCGACAGAAUUAUCCGCUUGCUUGUUGAGGAGGGUCUCAACCACUUGCCAGUGCAACCAAGAACCGUGGAGACAUCUACCAACCAAAAGUAUGAAGGCGUGUCAUUCCUUGGCAAAAUCUGCGGUGUUUCAAUCGUGAGAGCUGGUGAGUCCAUGGAACAGGGUCUCAGGGAGUGCUGCAGAUCUGUGAGAAUUGGUAAGAUUCUCAUCCAGAGAGAUGAAGAGACAGCUCAGCCAAAGCUAUUUUUCGAGAAACUGCCUGAAGACAUCGCUGAAAGGUAUGUUUUCCUACUAGAUCCUAUGCUUGCUACCGGUGGUAGUGCAGCUAUGGCCACUGAGGUCUUGAUCAAGAGAGGUGUCAAGCCAGAAAGAAUCUUUUUCUUGAACCUCAUCUGCAGCAAAGAGGGUGUAGACUAUUACCACUCCAAGUUUCCUGGAGUUAAGAUCGUUACCGGCGCUGUCGACCCUUGCUUAGAUGAAAACAAGUACUUGGUUCCCGGUUUGGGUGACUUCGGCGACAGAUACUACUGUCUUUGA